AUGUCACCAGCUACCGUUAACAGCGAAGUUACACACCUACCCAAAACCAUCAACAUUCUUUGCUUCGGAGAUAGUCUCACGGCAGGUUUUACACACACAGACGUACCAGACCAUCCUUAUGCUACAUCUCUCCAGGCAGUACUAGCGAAGCGCCUAGUCUCAUAUUUAGUGAAUGUCCAAGUCCAAGGACUCGGCGGCGACAAAGUUACCGGAAAUUAUCUAACGCGAAUGAAAGCUUUAUACGAGUCAUCAUGCUCUGUAGACUUCGCCGUUAUUCUCGGUGGCACAAAUGAUUUGCUUUCAAUGCAGCACACUCGAGACAUUUGGCCUGUCCUAAAAAAUGUCUGGGAGAUCCCACUCGCUAGCUCCUCUACUGUUCUCGCCUUGACCAUCCCAGAGUUUGGCCUUGCAACAUCCCAAGUUAACGCGGAGCGAGAAGCGCUAAAUUCCCUUAUCCGCAAUCAUCGCUCUGAAAACUUUCAUGUUUUUGACCUUUGUAAAGCUAUGCCUUACUGGGAAAUACCCACCGAUCAGCGUCGUCUCCUAUGGGCCGAUACUAUUCAUUUCUCUGAAAAGGGAUACGAUUUGGUAGGAGCUAUGAUUGCUGAUCAGCUAGCGUCAAUCAUUGAGGCUCUUCCAAAUUCUACAGAAAUCAAGGAAGACUUUGAGAAAGUAGAGCUUUAA